CUUCCGCUUGCGCGCUCUUUCCCCGCCCGCACCUCCGACAUGGUUUCAUGGCCGCCGCCUGGCCCGCCUAUGGAAACCGGCACCAUCACGCGGCCAAAUCUUUGACGCCACCAUGCAUGGUCAAGGGGCAGGAAGCAGGUUAACACGACUAAAUUCAUUGCCGCGGGAGCUGCCAAGGGCGGCGGAUCAUCGUCUUCGGCGCCAGGGGCCAGCGACGGUCACGCACGACGACGUGUCUGCGAUGGCGGAUGGCGGUCAAGCCAGCGGGAUGGGAGACGACGAGCAGCAGAAACAGUCUUGCUCCGUCGGGCAUCGGCGCGCACCGGCCAUAGGUGACCAACACCUGCUCGAGGGAGGACGCAGCCCCGCCCCCAAGCACUUCAUUCGGAAGAAACGGCAACCAUGGCCGAUGCCAAAGCUCGCCAGAGCAACAUCGUCCUCCAGAGGUUCCUCUCGUUCGUCUAUGGCCCAUGGCUCCUCGGCUUCGGAUUGGGUAAGGGAUGUCAGGGCGGAGGACGCUUGUCAACCCAAGCGCAUGCACGGUGUCGAGAUCUUCAGGACCAGGGACGCGAGCCACGCCCGCGCUCAGCCGCCUUGGAGCCUCGUGCGGCGCAUCAUCGUUAUCAGCUGAGGCGCCUGGACAUCCCGCGGGAGGAUCUACGACCUCCUCGUCGUUCUUGCGCUUCUCUGGUGCUCAACGUAUUGUCAUGCGUGAUGUUUUACAUCAUCGGCAGAAAAGCGAGUCUGGUCCGUCCGGAGAGAAGCAGGACAGGGUGAGCAUUUUUCAGGUCUGUAGGUUUACAUGGGUUCUGAUCUGAUGGUUCCAUUUUUUCAUGCUAUUUAUUUUCUUCACUAACAGUUAGUGAUCUGAAUGUUUCGGGAUUCAGCAAAAGGCCUUGGAAUUCCUUAUCUGUAUACUACUUCGUUUUCGUUCGACC